AGCUCGCCAGGCUGGCAGGCUCCGGGGCCCAGCUCCGCCGGCCACCGGGAUGGAGACGAUGCGAGCACAGCGGCUGCAGCCCGGUGUAGGCGUCGGUGGGAGAGGCACUUUGCGAGCGCUGCGGCCAGGGGUGACCGGGGCCCCGACUAGCGCCGCCACACCCCCCGUGGGCCCGCCGCCCGCCCCGCCGCCCCCCGCCCCGCCCCCGCCUCCGCUGCUUCUGGCUGGGGCCCCCGGGCUGCCCCUGCCCCCCGGCGCCGCGGGUAGCCCUGCGGUGCUGCGCGAGGCUGUGGAGGCGGUGGUGAGGAGCUUCGCCAAGCACACGCAGGGCUACGGUCGAGUGAAUGUGGUGGAGGCCCUUCAGGAAUUCUGGCAGAUGAAACAGUCUCGGGGCGCUGACUUGAAGAACGGGGCUCUGGUGGUGUACGAGAUGGUCCCCUCCAACAGCCCUCCCUACGUCUGCUAUGUCACUCUGCCUGGGGGGAGCUGCUUCGGGAGUUUCCAGUUUUGUCCCACAAAAGCUGAGGCCCGGCGAAGUGCUGCAAAGAUUGCAUUAAUGAACUCUGUGUUUAAUGAGCAUCCAUCCCGAAGAAUUACUGAUGAGUUUAUUGAGAAGAGUGUCUCAGAGGCCCUGGCAUCUUUCAAUGGUAACAGAGAGGAAGCUGACAACCCAAAUACGGGGAUUGGUGCCUUCCGAUUCAUGUUGGAAUCUAACAAGGGCAAGUCAAUGCUGGAGUUCCAGGAGCUGAUGACAGUUUUUCAGCUGCUGCACUGGAAUGGCAGCCUUAAGGCCAUGAGGGAAAGACAGUGCUCUCGACAGGAGGUGUUGGCUCAUUAUUCACAUCGGGCCCUGGAUGAUGAUAUUCGCCACCAAAUGGCUUUGGACUGGGUGAGCCGGGAGCAGAGUGUGCCAGGGGCACUGUCAAGAGAGCUGGCUUCCACUGAACGGGAACUCGAUGAAGCCCGGCUGGCGGGCAAGGAGCUGCGCUUCCACAAGGAGAAGAAAGAUAUUCUCAUGCUGGCUGCUGGGCAGUUGGGCAAUAUGCAUUCUUCCAGCUGCUAAGCAUCUACCCUCUACUCGCCAUGGCUCUUCAGGCCCCUUUUUUGUAUGUCUCCUUUUUAAGACUUAGGAUGAUGAUUUCUGUAUAUACUUUCUCAAUUUUAUACUUUAAAAUAUAGAUAUAUAUGUAUAAAUUCUACACCUGGCUCCCUAUUUGCUAAGAGAUCCCUUUUCUAACUUCCAGUUUGGGGAUGUAGUUACCUUUGAAAUAUCACUAUCCAUUUUAUAGCGUGGUUGGCUCUUAAACCUUUAGAUUAUCUAAGUCAUUAACAUGUACAGUUUUCUAAGUGUUCAUAUCUCUUUCUUUUGAAACAGCAGCACACAGGUACGUGAUGACUCAGCUAUGCUCUCUGCACUCAGCAGUCUGAGACAGUAUUGCUGUGAAUAUGAGGCCAGCCUGGACUACAUAAUAAGUUCCAGGUCAGCAUGGGCUACAGUGUGUAAGAUCCUGUUUCAGACCCCUCUCUCCCACACAUAAAACCGCCCAUAUUCUUGGUUUCUACUAGACGAAAACAGGGUGGGAGCGUCAGGUUUUGGUUUGAAGUGACCGUCCGAUCCACCUCCCCUGCUCACUUUCCUCCUUCCUUGCCUCUAAGUGCUCCUUCAUUUGGGGGCUUCCCUACCUUAUCCAGAAGAUCUGGCUUCCUUUUGUUUUGUGAGACAUCUUAUUAUGGCCUGGAACUCAUCCUAUAGAUUAGGAGGGCUUCAUGCUUGUGGUUGUAUCCUGCUGAAAUCAUAGGCAUGGGUCACAAUGAGAAACUGCCUAGGAACAAGAGAAUGAUACACUCAAUUCACAUGGGGUGGGUAGGUGGCACUACCUGAGCUGCUUCUGAGCUUACCUACCCCUGCUAGCAGUCUAGCUUUCUGGGUGUGAGAAGAGGGUAAGGGUUGAGGCUGAUACUGGUACACGCACAUGUGAGCACACACUUUUUUCCAUUUGUUCAUGUAGCCCAGGCUGGUCUCAAACUCUUCUUCUGGCUGAGAAUGGCCCUGAGCUCCAGACCUCCCGCAUCAGCCUCUCCCUAGGAUUACAGUGACUACCACCGCAGCUGCCUUAAUCCUCCCCUCAGUGACAAGAAGCAUCUUGUUCUUUAGAAACGGUAGCUGUUCUGUUUAGAGAGAACCAUGUUCCUCUCUUGUCCACUGAGCUGUAACUCUGAAUUUGUGGAGAAUUCUAUGUAGUAAGCUCAAUUUCCCUUCUUUCUGUGGUCUCUGCUACAUUGUAUUAUUGUUCAGUGCACUUUCUAUCAAGUUGGGACAGUUAAUGCUACUAUAAUGCGACUUCCCAUGUGACAAUUGCAGUUUGAUUUUAGGUUAGGAGCUGGGUCUGGUGGUGCAGGUCUGCCAUCUCAGCUACAAAGGAGGCCAAGGCAAGAUUGGAAAUUCAAGGUCUACCCCAGCUAGAGCAAGUUCAGGGGCAACCUGGGUAAUUUAGCAAGACUCUAUCUC